AACGAGAACGAGAACUUAAAACGUGCCACGUUCAACGAGCGUUUUUUUUAGAUGCGAUUAUUGUCGCGUGUGGCGCGUAAAUUUCGCACAUUUACUCUCUGGCUGGCAAAAUCCUCCGCAGAAAUUUGGUAAAUGGACACAAAUAAAAAUGUCAAAGUAAAUCAAAGCAAUAUAUGCAAUCCAAAAAAGUCACAUUAACGAAUGCUUGCAGUGUGUGUGUGUGAAAUUCUGUAGAGCCCAGCAGCAGCAACGAAAACUGCCCAAUACAUUGCCAUUGUCAUUGCCAUUGACAUUGUCAUUGCCAUUGGCAUUAUCGAGCAACACCAGCAGCAGCUGCUGUCACACCUCAGGCACUCUACGGCUCUAGACAGCCAUCGUCCAACACAGAAAAAAACAUACACACGAACACGAACAAUCAGAAAGCAAGGCAACCAUGUGCCUGGUUGUCAGCUGCUUGUCGUCCUUGCUGCUGUGCCUCGUCCUGCCCACGUUCAACGGCCAUGCAGCGGCAGCAACACGUGCUCGCGUCAGCUCCUCGACAACAAUGACCCGCAACAUUGAGGAAGAGAACGCUUUGUUAAAUCUUUUGGCUGGUCCGCCCGUGCUCUCCGAAUCCAUAAUUGGCACAAUGGGACGACUGCCCUGCAAUGUGACCCCGCCCAUCUAUGAGGAUCGUGUGGCUUUGGUCAUUUGGUACAAAGUUGGACUCAAAACACCCAUUUAUAGUGUGGAUACACGAGAUUCGAACUUUGCGCAGGGCACGCACUGGUCGGAUGAGACCUAUCGGGAGAGGUUGUCCUUUCACGUGGAAGGACGUGCCGGCACGCUAACCAUCAAGUCAACAACCGAGGAUGACACGGGCGAAUAUCGCUGCCGUGUCGACUUCCAAAAGAGUCCGACACGCAACUCCAAAGUGAAUUUAACUGUCAUAACUCCACCGGAAUCUAUCAUUAUACUGGACAGCAAGGGUGCCACCAUCAAGGACCAUACACUGGGACCCUACAAUGAAGGCUCCAGUGUGAACGUCACGUGCGUGGCCAUUGGCGGUCGACCACAGCCGAGGGUUACCUGGUGGCACGGCAAUACAAUGUUCAAUAGCUCUGGCCUGGGCCAUCCACUCUCGGAGCGACGUGUGGGCAAUGUCCUAUCGCUGGCGAAGCUAAAGCGCAAGAAUCUUCACAUGCAGCUGACGUGCCGGGCGGAGAACAAUAAUUUGACAACGCCAAUUAUCAGCAGCAUCAUUCUCGACAUGAACUUGCGCCCACUGAUUGUCAAGCUGCAGGGCGAGAAUCGUCCGCUUUCGGCGGAGAACUCUUAUCAGCUCAGCUGCGUCGUCAUCGGCUCACGCCCAGCCCCAACGAUUACCUGGUGGAAGGGCAGCACACCCAUGAAGAAUACCCAUGAAAUUGCCAAUCCGGAUGGUAAUAUGACCACAUCGGUGCUGACAUUCACGCCCACCAUCGACGAUCGCGGCAAGUUUCUAUCCUGCCGCGCCGAACAGGGCAUGAUACCUGAGUCGGGCAUGGAGGAUGGCUGGAAAUUGGACAUCUAUCAUAUACCUGUUGUGAGCCUGGAACUGGGCACUAACUCACUUAACGCAACUCUGCGUGAGGGUGUCGAUGUUUUCUUCGAGUGCAACAUCAAGUCGAAUCCAUGGAUAUAUAAAGUCAGCUGGCGACACAAUGGUGAAAUACUAGAAAACAACCCCGCCGAGGGCAUCGUCGUGGCCAAUCAGAGCCUCGUCCUGCAGAAUGCAAGCAGAGCCAGGACGGGUAUCUACACCUGUGUAGGCAGCAAUCGCGAAGGCGAUGGCGAAAGCAAUCCCGUCCAGCUCGACAUACGAUUUGCUCCUGUUUGCCGUGCCGGGCAGCGCACCACUUACAGUUCGGGCCGCCAUGAGAUCGUUAAGGUUGCUUGCGAAAUCGAUGCGAAUCCGGCGGAGGCAAAAUUCGUCUGGAAAUUCAAUGCAACCCAAGGCGAGACAGCUGAUAUACCCGUAUCAGAUUUUGGUGUCGACCGUGGACGCAGUGUCGCCCGCUACACUCCCAGGACGGAGAACGACUAUGGAACGCUGCUGUGCUGGGCCAGCAACGAGAUUGGCGAUCAAAGUGAACCCUGUGUGUACACAAUAGUGCCGGCAGGCGAACCGGAUCCAUUGCUGAACUGCACAUUGCUCAAUCAAACAUCGUCGGGCUUCCAAAUUGAGUGCAUCGAAGGCUUCGAUGGUGGCCUGCAGCAGGACUUUAUCAUGGAGGUUUAUGUGAAUGGAACGACGCGCUAUCCAAAAAUUUACAAAUCAAACAAGCCAUACUUUGAGGUGAGCGGUCUGGUGCCCGGCAUGGGCUACAAUGUCUUCCUCAUUGCGAACAACACCAAAGGACGCAGCAAUGCGACCAUACUGCAGGUCUACACGCUAAAGGAUCCCGAGAAGCAAACGGUUACAAUAACAUUUACCAAGUCCUAUCCAGCUCUUAAGCCAUCUUAUGGCAGAACAGCAACAGCAACAACAACAACUACCACUACACCAAAGCCAACAACAAGCGAUUGUAUUUGCGACGAGGAUGAAUUUAUAAAUGUGGAGGUGGGCAAUGGGGAGUCCGAUGAAGACCUAUCGCUGGCUUAUGCGCCCGUCAUCGAGGACAUCCGGCCAUUCCUUGGCAUACUGGCUGGAAUUGUGGGCAGCAUAUUCCUUGUGGCACUCAUCAUCGUUGUGGUGGUGCGCGUGAGAGGCUCAUCGGGACGCGAUCGCAAUAAUUACUCGCAUCCGGGCAGCACCGGCGGCAGCACCGCCAACGGCAACGGCAACCUCGGCAUCCUUGGCAGCAACAACAAUGGCAGCCUGGGCAUCGGCACCCUCGCGCACAAUGGGGGCCAAUCAGUGCAGGAUAUGCAUCGCAUUGGUCGCGAGACGUGUCACGUGACGAGUAGCCUCGACAGCAUUGAUAAGAACCCGGACAUCAUACCACAAGAUGGACAUGACGUGGACGAUGAGUGGACAACAAAGGGUCAUAGUCGUGCCUAUGCCACGGCUGCACUGGCCGAGCAGAAUGCCGUGAUUACCUCGAGCACAUAUGAUCACAUAAUGCCAACGUAUGCGGUAGUCGAUAAAAAGUCCGGACCCCCAACAGCACAUGGCCAGUAUAUACAAUAUAAUACGCUUAUACCCGUUAGCAAAAUGGGCGCUUAUGCCAAUCAACAGCAGCAGCUCCAACAGCAGCAGCAACAGAAGACUGAGCUCAGCUAUAGCGAGCUGACUGCCCCAAUGGUGGGCAGCGCCGUUGGCGUCGGAGUUGGCGGCGUCCAGCGUUUGACGCCCUAUUGCAGCGCCACCUUGGGACGUCCGAGGCAGUCGGAGCUGAAGCGAGCCGAGCCGAACAUCUACUCGCAGGUAAAUGUUAUGAUGGAUGAUGAAAUUUUGGCGGACUGGCAGACGGCCACGGCGUCGGGCAACAGCUAUGUGGCUGGCGCUGUGGUCGAUAAUGUGGGCGGCACUGGCUCUGGUCUCUACAUGCACAGUUAUGCGACACGUAUCGAUCUGGCACAUCAUCCCAUGUACUCGACGAGUCCCAUGUUCGGCACGAACACCACCAUCACCGGUGUCACCAUGUCACAUCCAUCACAAUUGGCCACCUUCUCGCCAACGCCGCCGCCGCCCAUCUUUGCGCACAGCGUGGUCACCACUGGCGACGGGCUGCUGCAGCCGGUGACGUGCAUGGGACUGGUGGCCACAUCUUCAGCAGCACCGCCCGUCGUUCAGCAGCAACAACAGCCAGCGGCCAAUGGCGCUGGCGGAAACGGAAGCAUCGUUGGCGUCAACGUUGGCGUCGGCGUCGGCAUGAGCCUCUAUGGCAGCGAUGUGGCUAAGCCACAACUAUUAAAGACCGUGCCCGAGGAGUUGCAUCAUCAACUAAAUGGCGAAGAAGUGCUCAUCAGCCAGGAUCGUAAUCAUGGAACGGGUACGCGAUUUUGACGCUAAAUGAAUGCCGAGCAGCAAAUGAUCUAAGCCAGAAACCAAUCAAAUCAAAAAUGGAAGAGAAGCUUAAGGAGACAAGGGGGGGGUGAAAGUGUAUCGGAAGAACUUGGAAAAAAAUGACUAUAAGUUAUGUGAUGUGCGCGGAAAGAAUUUAAAUCGAUAACAUAAAAACUGCCGCCAAAGCAUUUAGAGGAUGGGGAUAUGAUUGAUUCCGAAUGAGCGAAUGGAAAGCACUUUUUAAAGCAGCAACUAAGAUAAAAAAUGCGCCAAAUAAUGUAAAUUAAUAAUUACAACAAUAAACUACGCAUGUGAAAUGUUGAGAUGGAAAUGAAGCACUCAAAGAGGGAAACACGUAGAGAACUAGCAAGAAAUUUCAAUUAGGUGUAAGUGUCCGUGUAAAAUAUCCAAUACUAACAACUUAGAGCUCUAAAUAAUAAUUGAAUCUAUUAAAAUGAAUUAAGAUGUAUGACGUGAACACUGAAUUGUUAAUAUAUUUUUAAAUAACAGCUUUAAGCGCCAGAAAUCUAGACAACUUUUAGCUAAGUAAAAACAAAUUCAUGAUUGUUGUUAAUUUGUGUUGACGUGUAAGAAAAAAGCACAGACAUUAAAAUUUAGCUUGUUCUUAAGACAUAAAUACAAUUUAUUACAUACACAUACACAUACACGCAUACACAUACAUAUAAAUCAAAUCCAUAUAGUUGUAAGCCCCAUUAAAAAAAAAUGUAAUUAAAAACAAUUUGUUUAGAUACUCGUCAAAGGUCAAACAAACGGCAUAAUGAAUUUAAAAGCUAGCUAAAUUAAGUGAACUUAAUAAUAAUAAAUCGUUAACUUAACAGAAAUUAAUUCAAUUUAGCAACGCGACGUUUGCAUUUUAUACGUAAAAACGAAAAUAAAUGAAAGAAAUGCCAAAACUUGAUAGCAUGAAGAAAGCUAACAUUUAAACAAAAAUGAAGAAAAAACGAACUCUAACUGUA